UUUCCCGCGAAUUGAUAUAAAGGUGGUUGUUGCUAAUACCGGCUUUGUUUUUGUUAAGUAUUAUUUCACCAGUACAUGAAUUAGUGUUAUUCGGUUACUCCGUAAUAAUACGCUACAAACUAAUUGCUGAUUCGGGCCGGUUCAUUUACUAGUAAUUUAAAGAACUAAAAUCAACAUCAUGACCACGUUCAAUCUAACCGAAAUACAAGAACAGCUAAACCAAGCUAAUGAAAAAAAUUCUGAAAGUGGUGUUUCGUUUAAUGGAAAAUCCCUGAAAUUAAACAGCGAAGCGGACGCUGAGGAAGUCGUUAAAGCGAUCGAAAAAUGUCAGAAAUUGGAGUACCUCGACCUGGAGGGGAACACGCUUGGUCCCGAUGCGGCGAAGGCAGUGGCAAAGGCUCUGGAAGUGAAGGGUACUUCCCUCAAACGAGCCCUAUGGAAAGACAUGUUCACAGGGCGUAUGAAGACUGAGAUUCCUCUAGCUCUAGAAUAUUUAGGGACAGGACUAUGUGCAGCCCAAACUCGCCUCGUCGAGUUAGAUCUCAGUGACAAUGCGUUUGGCCCUAUUGGCGUCCAGGGAUUGGCCACGCUACUCAGCUCUAGCGCAUGUUUCACCCUACGUGAACUCAAGCUGAACAACAAUGGACUUGGAAUAACGGGAGGAAAAAUGUUAGCCAAAGCUCUCCUCAACUGUCAUGAAAAUAGUUCUACGGAAAAUGGAACUGCGCCGUUGGCCUUACGGGUCUUCAUUGCCGGGCGAAACAGACUGGAAAAUGAUGGAGCUGAAGCAUUGGCUGAAGUGUUCACAAAACUGACUACCCUGGAAGAGAUAUCGAUGCCGCAAAAUGGGAUUUACCACAAAGGGGUAGCCGCUCUAGCACAAGCGCUCUCCGUUAACCCAAGAUUGAAGAUUUUGAACCUCAACGAUAACACAGUUGGGCCAGAGGGAGCACGAGCACUAGCGAAAUCUUUACCAAAUUUGCCAGAACUGGAAAAACUUAAUCUUGGAGAUUGUUUGCUUAAAACACGGGGGGCCUCAGUGUUGGCUGAAGCACUUGCCAAGGAAGGCGCACACCGCAAUCUCAUGGAACUGAAUUUGAGUUUUAACGAAAUAGGAGCAGCUAGUGUCAAUGCGAUAGCAGCAGCUGUUGCGGAUAAGCAGGAAUUGGCGAGCUUAGUACUUGAUGGCAACGUUUUUGGUAGCAAAGGGAGAGAAAACUUGAAAGGAGCACUUACUGCUUCGCAAAAACUAUCAGUUCUCGGGAGUCUUGAGGAGGAUGAGUCUGAAAGUGAAGGCGAUAGCGAAAGUGCAGAUGAAACUGAAAGUGACGACAGUGACGAUGAAGGCAAGACUUCUGAAGCAGAAAAGAAAGAUGAUCAAGAGACAUUAAAGGUCGAAAAGGAUCAACGGAAUGUGACUGUUCAGGGCUUUUUGAAAAAUCCAACUGCUGAAAACCUGCUUCGACUUCAAGGCGACAAAGUCCAGUUGUUUUUGGAACAUGCUAAGAGUCAAUCUGUAAAUGAAAACGAAUCUCAGAAAGAAAAGUAUGCUGAAGUACUUAUCCGAUCUAUAAUGAAGGUCUCUUCGCUGUGUGCUAGUGGCUAUAUGGAUGCCAGAAUAGAGGCAGAACGACUGACGGAAGGGCUUUACAUGGAACUGUUUGCAUACGCGACAAAAACCGACCAAGUUUCCCGACUAAACAACGUUUUUCUGAUCAAUUUGGGCUUGAUGAAGAGCGAGGAUAAAACUGCUGGUAGAAUUGAUUGGAAUCUCGAGGGGUGCUUUAAAGCAUUGGAAAAAAUAAGCACCAAGGAUUAUUUUUUGACAGAGACGAGGGAUGCCCUAAAAGUAUUCAUUGAAUUACCAAUAAAGACCGGAAAAGUCAGGGUAGACCCAUUCCAGAAAGUUAAGGCUUCACUCAAGAAAGUUCUCGACCAAAUAUGAUCGAAUUAAAUUAGUCUGAUGACGGAAUGAUUCAUAUAUUUCCUGUACAAAACAUUAAAUAUUUAUUAAUAAUCCGUAA